AUGGCUAAGAUCUCAGCGCGGCGGCUUCUCAUCGCUAAUCGCGGUGAGAUUGCUAACCGCAUUCUAAGAACAGCUCGUCGGCUGGGCUAUUUCGUAAUCUCAAUAUACGUCGCCAUCGAUGCAUCCAGUCCUCAUGUCGCUGAUGCGGACCUUUCAAUCCCGGUUUCCUCCUAUACCAAUAUCGAGGAGAUCGUUAGGCUGAUAGAGCAGCACAACGUCCAUUUUGUCAUUCCCGGAUACGGCUUCUUAUCUGAGAAUGACAAGUUUGCAGGUGCUGUUGAAGAUGCAGGAGCUGUUUUUGUCGGUCCUUCGCCGGAGCAUAUUGUCACAUUUGGUAUCAAGGAUCGUGCGAGGGACUUGGCUGCAAGCAUUGGUGUUCCCACGUGUCCAGGCUCUGGGAUCAUUGAAUCAGAGGAUGAGGCGGCGGUUGCUGCCAAGAAAAUAGGGUAUCCUGUGAUGCUCAAGGCCACCGCAGGAGGUGGAGGAAUGGGCUUGAAGAUAUGCGAGAACGAGAGUGAAGUACGCGCCUCGUUUAGCAACGUUGUCAGUCGGGGUAAAGCUCUGUUCUCAAACCCAGGAGUCUUCUUGGAGAAGUACUUCCCCGUGUCUCGGCACAUAGAGGUGCAAGUCUUCGGUGAUGGUAGGGAAGACUGUGUGAUCCUCGGUGAGCGAGAGUGCUCUAUCCAGAGAAGACAUCAAAAAGUAAUUGAAGAGUCGCCCAGCCCGUUUGUCGAGAAACGGCCAGAUUUGAGAGCGCGUUUGUUUGAAGUUUCCCGACUCCUUACCAGCAAGAUCAAGUAUAGAUCAGCGGGGACAAUAGAGUACCUUGUCGAUGAUGCUACCGGCCAGUUUUUCUUCUUGGAAAUGAACACGCGCUUGCAGGUUGAGCAUGGUAUAACAGAGUUGCGAUUUGGCAUAGAUUUGGUGGAGAUGAUGCUCAAGCAAGCCGAACGACCGUUGGAUUUGGGUGACUUCAAACUACUAACACCAACUGGUUCCGCUAUUGAAGCUCGUUUGUACGCCGAGAAUCCCCUCAAAAAUCACAUGCCAAGUCCAGGGCAGCUCCAGUACGUCAAAUUUGGCAGCACGCCAGGGAGUAGAGUCGACACAUGGGUUCAGACGGGCACCAACGUUUCUCUGUCCUUCGAUCCGCUGCUGGCGAAGGUCAUGGUUCAUGGAACCGGUAGGGCUGAUACCGUCCUCAAGUUGGCGCAACUCCUGGACGAUACAAGCUUGCAGGGAAUUGUAACCAACAAGGACUACCUGCGCCGAAUCUUGGACACAAAUUGGUUCACCGAGGGAAGAACCACGACCAAUGUUCUCGACAGCUUCCAAUACAAGCCACAUGUCAUGGAGAUAAAUUCCCCAGGCUCCUAUACCACCAUUCAAGAUUUCCCUGCAAGGAUUGGUAUCGGGUUCGGAAUUCCUGAAGGCGGUCCCAUGGACUCGCUACACGCUCGACUCGCAAACUGCGUGGUUGGAAAUGAACCAGGCUGUGAGCUCCUCGAAAUAACAUUCACAGGUCCUACGAUCAGGUUUCAUCAAAUGGCUAUUAUCGCACUGGCUGGCUCUGCUGUUGAAGCACAGAUUGACGGCGCGCCCGUACCAAUGUACUCGCGAGUGCAAGUCUCCGCUGGGGCCACGUUGACAAUGGGACGUAUCUCUGAUGGAUGUCGAGUGUAUCUUGCUGUGCGUGGAGGUUUCCCUGGUAUUCCAAACUACCUUGGCUCUAAGUCGACGAGCCCAGUGGUUGAAGUCGGGGGAUUGCAGGGCCGUCCUCUUGUCGAGGGCGACAUGUUAGAUAUUGCAAGUGUUACAGCUGAUGAUUUUGAACCUUUCACCCUCCCCAAGUCACUUAUUCCAGUUUGGGACCCAGCUGUUGUAUACUGUCUUUCUGGACCUCAUGAUUCCCCUGACAUCAUGACUCCGGCCGGUGUUGAAGCCAUCUAUUCGAAUGAGUGGACUAUAUCACACCAGGCCUCACGUAUUGGUGUGCGUCUCCAUGGACCACAACCGCAAUGGGCGCGUCAGACGGGUGGUGAAGGGGGUUCACAUCCAAGCAACUACCUGGAUUAUCCGUACUCGAUAGGGGCAAUUAACUGGACUGGAGACUCGUCCGUUAUUUUCCCCAUCGAUGGCCCAUCGCUGGGUGGCUUCAUCACUUCGCAGGUUAUUCCGAGGGCUGAGCUCUUCAAAAUUGGUCAACUGAAACCUGGAGACAAAUUCCACUUCGUCCCUAUCUCGAUUCAAGCGGCGAUGGGGCUGCUUCAAAGGCAAGCAGAAUAUCUUGAAGGAGUGGCACGACUUGCUUCAGGAACAUCAACAACUGUGAAGCCGCUCAUCCUCGAUCUGCCGCCAGACUCAGUUGCGAAAUCGUCAUCGUCGGCGAUCAUAGGCACAUGGAACGGAAUCACAAUCCGUCAAGCAGGCGACUCGAGCAUUCUGGUAGAGCUAUCACAAUCCCUUCAGCUAGAAACUCGUUGUAAAGUGCAGGCUAUUGCAGAGGCACUCGACGCGGCUGCCAUGGACGGAGUGAUCCUGACGACACCCAUCGGAUGUAGUCUAAUGGUUCAAUAUGACUAUUUCAAAAUCUCGCAGGCUAAGCUCGUUGACAACGUACUGCGAAUUGUGCAGCAAAAGGGACCAGAAGCGACGAAACUAUCCAGUCGUCACAUCCGACUACCGAUGGUUUUUGAUGACAAAGUAAACAAGGCAGCUAUCGAACGAUACAUGGCGACGCAACGACCGUAUGCUACGUAUCUUCCUGACCCUGUAGAGUUUAUCGCGCGGUCCAAUGGCCUUCAAUCUAAACAGGAGAUACUUGACAAAGUUCUUAGCACAAGGAUCUUAGUUGUUGGCGUCGGUUUCUGGAGCGGUACACCCAUUGGCAUCCCACUGGACCCUCGGGCUCGGCUCAUGGUACCCAAGUUCAAUCCAUCAAGGACGUUUUCGCCAGCCGGUGGCUUGGGAAUAGGUGGCUGUUUCUUUUCCUGUGAUCCUAUCGACGCUCCCGGUGGCUACGUAAACUUUGGUCGCACUCUUCCCGGCUGGGACAAGUUCUGCGUGAAUAAGAAUUUCGGUGACAGGCCAUGGCUUUUCGACAAUUUUGACCAGCUGAGCUUCUAUGUUGUUGACGAGGAGGAAUUUGAGCGAAUUUAUAGCCGCUUCCAGGCCGGCAAAUAUGACUUUGACAUUACUCAUACAGAGUUUGAUGUCGAUGAGUAUUCUGAGUUUUGCAGGAGCAUUGAGCAUGAGACGGCCGUGUUCAAGGCGAAGCAGGAGGCGGCGACUGCCAUCGAGACAGAACGGGAGAAACAACUCCUGGCUCAGUGGCAGGCGGAGCAAGAUGUCGAAAAAGAUACUGUCCCUUCUCUGGACAAUAUUGACGAUUCCUUGAAGGUUCAAGCACCGAUGCAUGCCAGCAUAUACAAGAUGAAAGUGAAGAAAGGAGACAGAAUAUCCGAAGGCGACAUUUUGGUCAUUCUGGAGGCAAUGAAGAUGGAGGUCAAUGUGGCAACGACAACUGCCCAAGCAGGUCUUGUUGUGCAGAGUGUUGUCGUUGGACCAGGGGACAUUGUAAAACCAGGAGAUACCAUCAUGGUGCUGUCAGACUCAGAACAAGAGUGA